GGGUUAGAACUGUGUAAUUUAGAGCAUCAAGCCAAUACUUGGAAAUGCUGAAAAGUGUUGUAUUGUAGGUUAGUAAUUCAUUUUCAACCACAUUUGUUCCAAGUUUACUACCUUUUAAUUUCAAGCGUUUGUAGGCAGUAUAAAGCCAUAACUACUAAAGUUAAUGAUUACCUACUCACUUUAAACUGAGUUGAGUGUGUGUGUGAGACAUUCAUUAUUUAACAGCAGUGCUCCCAGACUAUGUUCUGCACAAAUACUAAUAAUACAUACUUUAGAAAAAUAAUUUUGUUAUGGGUCCUCUUAGGUCAUCAAUAUCACAUAUAUACUUCUUCAGAAACCUCUUUCUCAUCCUAAUGUCUGCUUCAAUCUCUCUUCUCCUCUGGAACACUCUGAGACGCCCAACCUGUUCUGAGAGAAGCCCGCUCCCAGCACCUGACCUCCUGCCACAAGACUACGCAGACGACCUGCCAGCCUGCUCAGCCAUCAUCAAAGGAGACCUGAAGGGCAUUGACAAGGAGCAGCUCAGAAGACUUCUGAAAACAAAGAAUAAGCCCAAGCUUCUGUCUGAGGCGUUCUACCACGACGUGACCCGAAACUGUAAAACGUACGUUACAGACAGAGGGUUCGUCAUGAUGCCCCUGAGUGUGGAGGAGAGAGACUUCCCCAUCGCCUACUCCAUGGUGGUCCAUGAGAAGAUUGAGAUGUUUGAGCGACUCCUGCGUGCCGUGUACACACCUCAGAAUGUAUACUGCGUGCAUGUGGACCAGAAAUCCUCAGAGGAAUUCAGGACUGCAGUAAAGGCUAUUGUGACUUGUUUUACCAAUGUGUUUGUGGCAAGUAAGACAGAGAGUGUAGUUUACGCAUCGUGGUCUCGAGUGCAGGCAGAUCUUAACUGUAUGAAGGACCUGUUGAAGUCAGCUAUCCAGUGGAAGUACCUGCUCAAUACCUGUGGAACAGAUUUCCCCAUUAAAACCAACGCAGAGAUGGUUCAGUCACUCAAACUGCUCAACGGGGGGAACAGCAUGGAGUCUGAGACCACCGUCGACUAUAAGAAACGCCGGUGGCAGUAUCAGCACAAUAUAACCAAUAACAUAGUAGUCAGAACGGGAGUUACGAAGAGCCCUCCUCCAAUCAGCACCCCCAUGUUCUCCGGAAAUGCGUAUUUCGUGGUCUCCAGGGACUUUGUCCAUCACGUGUUUGACAGCCAGGAGGUUCGGGCCCUGCUGGAGUGGGAGAGGGACACCUACAGUCCUGAUGAGCACCUGUGGGCCACUCUGCAGCGCAUGCCCUCAGUGCCAGGGUCUAACCCUCCUCACAUCAAGUACCAUGAAUCAGACAUGAACGCCAUCGCUCGCAUGGUGAAGUGGAGUUACCUGGAAGGAGAUGUGAGGAAAGGAGCCCCAUAUCCACCCUGCUCCGGUGCCUCCAGGAGAGCUGUGUGUGUCUACGGGGCUGGAGAUCUCCGGUGGCUCCUACAUCAGCACCACCUCAUCGCUAACAAGUUUGACCCAGAGGUGGAUGAUGUAGCCAUUAGAUGUCUGGAGUCAUACCUUCGUUUCAAAGCAACAUAUGGUUCAUCUGGAAGUAUACCGUAAUGUACAUUUUUUUUAAAUUGUGUUUUGGUAUAAUUGUUAUAUGUGGUAGUUUUACCUAUUGAAUUGAACGCACUGAUUGGACAUGGCUAUGGAUAAGAGCAUCUGCUAAGUUAUACCAAAAAUGUCAUGUUGCAUUUAGAAUACACUGUCUAUACAACAGUUAUAUAUUUACACAGUCUAUAUGAUGUCAAUAUAGGUUGUAAAAAAAAUCAUAAUUGGGGUGUUCAAAUAAAAAUAUUUAUUUACGACCUAUGGGGUAUUCAGGACUGGGAAUAGUGGCACAGGAGAGUCUGAAACUAAUGAAAUACCCUAACCCUGUUCAAUGUCAGCAGCAAUUUCCGGUGAGAAAUUAGACAGUCAGAGGAUUUUCUUCUGAAUAACUGGUCAGGGUAUACCCCAUUCCAUUCAGCUUCAGGCAACUUUGAUGUAAGGCUUGAUCACACCUGUACUGACUACUUCUGUCCGUCAUGCCCAUUGUUGCUUGUCGAUUGUUCACUAGAAAAGGCAAUCACUUGGUUGUGGUCACUGAUAAACUUGGAUAGCUGUGGAUUAGUGAGGAAUGUGAGCUGAGGUCAGGUCAGAUGAAGGGAGCACAAACUGUUUUAUUACACACUUCACCUGCCGAGCAACAAAGAUGUAGUGUUUAGAGGUGCAAAGAGGAGACUCUGCCUAAAGGAAGGUAUAAAUAAUGGUGCUUGUAGGAACAUGUUUUGUCUUUUCAGCUGUUUGACCCAGUGGGUGAAUAAACUUGGUUUGAGCUUUGA